CCAGUAGCGUCUGCUUCGACGACGGCUACGAUGGCCUCCCCCACACGCCCGCCUGGCCCGCCUCCGGGUCCACCACCAGGGCCGCCUCCUCCACGGCCACCGCCGCCGGUGGCCUCGUCAUCGUCCUCGCCUGCACCCACCGCUUCCACCAGCUCGGCCGAGGUGCAGCAACAGUCGGCCUCGUCUUCAUCUACUCCGGCUCCAGCGCCAGCGCCUGCGCCUGCGCUUGCGCCGGCCACCUCGUCCUCUGCCCCGGCGGACGUCACGACUGCCUCUCUGCCAGAUGAUCCCGCCCAGCUCGAGAGGUUUCUCUCGCUCCAAAAGACGUCAUUCUUCCAGGAGCUGGAGCUGGACCGGGUCCUGUCGGCCUUUAAGCUGAACCCGUACGACGUGCUCGAGUGUCCGCUCGAUGCAGACACAAAGGCCAUCGAGCGCCUCUACCGGAAAAAGUCGCUGCUGAUCCACCCCGACAAGCUGCGGCACGAUGCUGAGCGCGCCGAACGGGCCUUUGGCCUGCUCAAACAGGCCAGCAGCGCGCUUCUGGACGAGGAGAAGCGAAAGGUGCUCGACGAGACGGUCAUGAGUGCCCGCGUGCUCGUGCUGCGCGAGCUCGGCCUCGGUCCGAGCACAGACGCAGACGACGAGAGGCUCCGCCAUCUCGUGCCCAGCUUCGAAGAGAGGGUCAGAAAGGGGACAAAGGAGCUCAUGGUCGACGAUGAGCUGAGGAAGAGGCGAGCCGUACGCAUCCAACACGCUGCCGAGGGAGAGGAGCAGCGAAAAAAGGACGAGGCCGUGCAGGAGCGCAAGCGCAAAGCCGACGAAAAGGAGCACUGGGAGAAUACGCGCGAGGAGCGCAUCAGCGACUGGAGGUCGUUUCAGAAGGGUGCGGGCAAAAAGAAGAAAAAGGCGAGCAACACGCUCGGCUGA